AUGGAUCGCCAAACACGUAAAGCCAACUUAAAAAAGUUACAAUUACCCAGUACCUCGGGAAACAAACAACAACGUAAAACUCGCCAAACAGCUAAAUCCAUACCAGCAACUGCAAAUACUGCCAUUACAAACUAUUUUUUAACACCCGAAAAAUCUAAUAAAGACCCUGUAGAAGAAACUAAAGAUAGACUAGGAAUUUCUCCAAUUGCUUUAGCACCUAAUAUACCCAAAGAAGAUGUACCAGCAUCAUCUGACAUUCCAGUAAAGCCUGCGACACGCACUCGUACUAAACGCACUAAACUCGAUGACUUUAUAUUCAAAGAUCCCAAUGAGAUUCCCGAUAGUAUUAAAAAUGCUAAAAAUGCAUUACAUGAUGAUAAUUUUAUUGUGCCCGAAAAGAAAGCCAAGAGGGCACCUAAAUUAACCCUGAGUGGCAGCCAAGCAAAAACCUCCAAAUCAUCCAGAUCAAAGAAACAAACUACCAUCAAGUCGGCUUUCUUAAGAAAUGAACAAUUAUUUGCGGAAAUUGCCGCCCAACAUUGUGCUGCCGAUCAGUUUGACGGUGAUGAUGUUCAAUUGGCUUUAGCCAUUUCCAGAUCAGAAGCGGAGAGUAAAGGUUUGGAGGUGAUGAAUGACCAUGAAAUUGAGGAUGAGGUUAAUUUGGUGGAUGGCAAUAAAGAUGCUGAAUCUAUUAGGGAAAAGUUAAAGAAAUAUGGAUUUAGAACUGCUGAUAAGACUGAUUACAACACCUUUGCUGCCGCCUUUCUACCCAAAACCAAUGGUCGUAGAGGAAAAUCUAAAUGGGCCAACAAAUUUACCGCCCUUACUUUACGAAGUCCGGAAAAUCAAUUGAAAAAACUACAAGAUAAUAUAGAAAAACUUUUAAAUAGCCAAUUUCACACCAAACGUUUAAGCGAACAAGAAUCUUUGUUAAGCCAGUAUAAACCACAAAGUUCUUUGCUAAAGAAGGCGAAUGUGCAUGCAAAUAAAAUAAUUUUAGAAAACGUAGAAAAUAUAAAUCAACCAAACGAUUGGUAUUUCGUUAGUGAAUUAUUUGAUGUCAAUCAACUACCAGCCGGGCAUUUAUUAAAAGAUUGGACUGCCAUACAGGGACGAGAUCUAACACCCACCACAAAAACGAAAGAAAUAACAGAUAAAUUACAAAAGUUGCAAAAUAUUUACAGAGACUUAGAGGAAUAUUUUAGUUCCAGGAAAAGAUUAGAUUGGACCAUAGAUAAUGAGAACAAAGAGGAGCAGGAAGUGCUUGAAAUCAAAGAUAAUGAUGAUAAUAAAAAAGAAGAGUCUCCAAAACAAACUGAAGAUAACAUAAAUACUGCUGCAAAUACUAAAGUUGUAGAAAAUCAAGAACUUGCUGAAAUGGUAGAUUUAAUAGAAGAUAUGCAAAGGAAUGAGACAGAAAUUGCUGAAUUUAUAUGUGAUAAGAAAAUUUUAAAACUUUUGACUUGUACUAAAUAUCUGGAUACAAUGCAAGUAUCUAGUUGUAGCAUAAAUACCCAGGACACAAUAAAUACCACACAAAAGGAAGAAUCUAACAACAGUUUAGCAGAAAUUUCAGAUGAUGCUAAAAAUAUGGAACUUGAUGAAAUGGUAGAUCUAACAGAAGAUGUGCAAGGAAAUAAAAGGGAAAUUGAAAAUACUGGAACACAACUCACUAACAUAAUAUGUGAUAACAAUGUUCUAAAACAUUUGCAAACUUCGAAAUUGUUGGAUAUAAAGCAAGUCUCUAGUUUUAAUAGAAAUACCCAGGCCACCAUAAAUACCACACAAAAGAAAGAAUCUCUGGAGCAAACAAAAUCCAACACCAGCCUAGCUGAAAUUUCUGAUAAUUCACAAACUAACGAACUUGAUGAAAUGAUAGAUUUAAUAGAAGAUAUGCAAAGAAAUGAAGCCGAAAUUGAAAAUACUGUUGUAAAACAACCCACUAACACAAUAUGUGAUAAUAAUAAUCCAACACUUUUGGAUAUAAAGCAAGUCUCUAGUUGCACAAUAAAUGCCACACAAAAACCCAGAUCAAAUUCACCCGAUUUAUUUGCGGAUUCGGAUGUCGAGAUGGAGGAGUGCGAUAAGGAAGUAGAUAAUAAAACUGAAGUUAAAACAGUGAUAAGUGAUGCCAAAGAUAAAAGUCGUAAUAGUUCCAUAGAUGAUAUGGAGGUUGGUGUUAACACUUAUGAAAUCUUUUCAAGUGAUGAAGUAAAGAAUACUUCAUCAUCGGAACAGAAUGAUUCAACUUUAAAAGAACCCUCUUCCACUAACUUAUCUAUCCCCGAUGACAACAUAAUCGAUUUAACUCAAGAUGAUUUACAAAUCUCAACCCACAAUAAAUCACAUAAUUUUAAUCAAAGUAAACCCAUAGAAGAAAUCGAUUUAUUUGCUGAAUCCCCUUCACAGGAAGAAUAUCAGGAUUUGGCCGAUAUCAAUAGCAACCGCCAAAAAUCAAAAGAUGUACAAGAAAACCAUGAAGAAACUUUCAAAUUCAGCUUAACUAUGGAAACAAAUGAAAAAGAAGAAACACAAGAACAGCUUAAAGAAUUUUCUACAAAUAAAGAGUUGGAAGAUAUUGAUGUUGUUUGUAUUGAUGAUAUUGUUUUACAUGAAAUAGCAAUGGAUCAAACAAAUACGUCAUUUUUAAAUUUCCAAGGCUCUAAACAAUUGGAAACUUGUUUUCAUAAAGAGACAGCCACGAAGGAGAAAGAAAUUAUUAGAGACAGUUUAUCAGCUAACGACACAGUAUUCCGGGAAUUGUGUAAUAGAUAUGUAAAUGAAGAUAACAACAUUUCCACUUCCAAAGAUAAACAAAACACUGACUUUGUUGAAAUUUUGCCCAUCAUUAAAACUCCUAAAAAGCUAACUCUGGAAACCCAAGAACAGCUUAAAGAAUUUUCUACAAAUAAAGUGUUGGAAGAUGAUGAUAUUGUUUUAAGUGAAAUAGCUAUGGAUCAAACAAAUACAUCAUUCCUAAAUUUCCAGGGCUCCAAACAAUUGGAAACUUGUUUUCACAAAGAGACAGCCACGAAGGAGAAUGAAACUAUUGUAGGCAGUUUAUCAGCUAACGACACCGUAUUCCGGGAAUUGUGUAAAAAAUAUAUAAAUGAAGCCAACAACACAUCCACUUCCAAAGAUAAACAAAACACUGACUCUAACAUUUUACCCACAAUUAAACCGCCUGAAAAAUGUGAACAAUUUACCAACUUCACUAUGGAUUUUGAUAUGACUGUUGACACUAAUCUAACUUUAAAAAGAAAAUCUAUGUCCUUUACUGCCAAAACUCCUCUGAAAAUGCACAAAAUGUCUAGCAAUACAGUACUAACUAAAUCUCAAUCGUUUAAUAAAAGUAAUAUGGAAAAUGUCAGCAUAGAUUUAACACAAAAUGAAGAUGAUGAUGAUGAUAUAGAACAGGCAGAAGAUGAUGAUGAUGAGUGUUUAGUUUUAUCAGAUGAUGAAAUUAACUAUUCCAUUUGGCAGGCCAAUAAGACAGCAAAUUUUCAAACUUCAGAGCAAUCGCAACAUGAAGAUGAUGUUAUUAGUAUAUCAGACAAACAGGCUGCAAGUGAUGAAGAACAACAAGAUUCAGACAAAGAAAAAAUAAUUGAGUUUCCCACUAAAGAUAAAAGCGUUAAGGAAUUUUCCCAUUUGGAUUUAAAAGACAAAGAUACGUCUUUAAUUAAAGUAGAGUUGCUGCCUGAACAAUCCUACAGUGAGAUCGAAGUAUUAACUUCAAAAUACUCCGCAGCUAAAACAUCUCAUCCAGAUGAUUUGAAAGUUGAUCGUAGUAAGUUUGGUAUUUUAGAAGAAUAUUAUGAACCCAUGGAUUUUACACCGAAUCUCUGCACUCCUAGAAAGGUUUUAAACGAAGCAUCUUUCCUAAGAUCACCCUCUGAAACCACAGCACCCAUGAAACGUUAUAGUAAUUGUCAUAGAUCUUCACAGAAAUUUCAAGAUUUAAUAAAUAAUAUUGGAGCAAAAUCUCCUACCAGCAAUUUUAAUGAUUUUGAUGAAUUCGAUCUUAUGGUCUACAAAAGUCCACCAAAGACUGUAAUAUCUGGCAAAAAGCCUCAGGGCAUUGAACAGCUAUUGACAGCUGAAAUAAGUUUUAAAGAACGCCAAAACUAUCCUCAACUCCAAAAAUCACCUACAUCAAUUAUACCCUUAAAAACCACACAGGAAGUAACAUACAAUAAUAAAACCUAUACCAUACGCUAUACCUCAUCGCCUAAACCGGACUUUAUGAAAUAUAGCGAAGCCGAAUUACUUAAGCAAUUAUACAAUUUUGGCAUAAAACCCUUAAAACGUAAACAAGCGGUUAAAAUGUUGGAAUAUAUUUACAAUCAAACUCAUCCUAUUGUAAUGGAAGAUGAUAAGGUUGAGACACCAAAACAAGAUAUUAUAGAUAUGGAAGAGUUUGAUCUACCUUGUACUUCAAAGGCGGCCUUAAGAGCUAAUUCAAUGCUAACAAAACCUAGUGAGAUUUUAGUUAGUAAUCCAAUUAUAAGUGAGAGGGAAUCGGCAGAAAUUUUGUUGGAUGUGGACAAUAAAAAGUUAAAUCUACAAGAUUCUUGUGGCCUGGAAAUGCUACGUUAUUGCAUUGAUCUUAAAGCGGAACUUUUGAAUGAAGAAUAUAUAUUGCAGACUAAUGUUACUAAAAAGACUCCUCAACCUUUAUUGCCCUUCCAUAUAGCGUGGUAUAAUUUGGUCUGUUCAAAUCCUAAAUUGCAUGAAAACAUAUUGAUGUAUGAGCCCAUUGAUCUGCAAGAAAUCUAUUUAUUUCUAAAAGGUUUAGGUUAUCGUUAUGAUCCCAAGGAUCUUAAAAUAUUUUUCGAUCGUCGUUGUAUAAUAUUUCGCUAUGAUCUUACGAGUGCUGAUGUUAGCAAAGGCAAAACGAACGAUACAAAUCGUCAUGUACGUAAAAGUAAAAAAACUAAAGUAACUAAAAAGUAAUUAUUAUAGAAUAUAUGUAUGUAUUAAAUAUUAUUUUUGACUAGCUAGUAAGUGUAAAUAUGCCAUGUAAUUGAAUUAUUUUUUGUUUUAAUUUAAUGUUUAAAAAUAAUUGAUUAUUUGUUAAAUUUAAUUUUAUACAAAUAGCCAGGUAUUUGGUUUUUGAUAUUCGUAAAAAUAAUAAAUGAUUUUUAUAUAAUAAAACAAAA